ACUCCGGCAAGCAAGGAAGCCAGUGUCGUGCGAUACGUUGAGGGGUAAAGGUGUUUUGUGUCAUUCCAUUGAUAUAUUCACGAGUCUGUACUGUCAUAAGUGUUUAAAAAUAGUAAAUAGUAGUAAAUAUCUCAUACCGGAUGUGAUAUGCGUGAACAUUAUUACGUAUUUUGUUACUCAAGCUUGAAAAUAUUCGUUGUCGAAUAAUUUAACAAUCGAAUCGUUUCGAAUUUUUCGUUAUACGUGAAGACACGUGUGACAAAAGUCCGUUCCUUUGUUUUUAUACGGUUAAAUCCGAAUAAUCGUGCUUUGAAAUUUGCAGUAGUGUAAGAAAACGAAUAUAAAAAGACAAGAAUAAAUCUAUGACGUUAACAAAAUUUCGGCGCGAAAUUUCUCGUUCAGAAUUUCAUUGAAACGCGAACCGGAACGUUUCGCGCGUUCAAGAAAUUUAUUGGUCGAUUUUAAAAUGAUCGAUCGAAUUCAUCGAUAGAUGUCGCCCCUGAAGUUUAAGUGAACCGGCUAUUUGAGAUUCAUGGAGUCGGGAGAAAUUUUCGAAUUUACGUUUCGAUUGAACAGAAUGAGAUUUUAGAUUCCGCGUUAUUGUAUACUUAAACAAAACAAAUCGAGAUUAACUGAUCGAUUUCGUGGAACAGUUAGUUUUGUGAAUUCGAGGGUAGGAAAAAGUGCGGGAAUGUGUCACAAUUGACAUUCUUGAAUCGAAAUACAUCGAUACGGUUAGAACUAGUUUCGAUUAGUGAACAAUGCGCACUGCGGAUAAAUACUCGACUUGCGUUUCGCGUGUUCGUAAUUGACUGUGGUGUUGAAGUGUGUUCUCCUCUUUAAGGACAUGAUGGGACGCCAAAGCUGCGGUAAACUGUGCUUUCUGUUCGUCGUGCUACUUCUCGCAGCUGCAUUAAAAGGUGGAAAUGGCGAUGUAGAAAAUCUGGAUCCAGAUGUACAAGACUAUACCACUGAUGAAGAUUAUAACGAUGUCUUUGACGCAACAACUAACGGGACUGAAAUGGAGGCAGUGUCUGGAGCCAAAAGUGGCACGUUGAAAUUUAUACGCACUUUGACUAAUAUUUCGAAAGAUGCUGGUGGUGUUGCGCAUAUGCGAUGCGAGGUUGUUGGAGAUCCUCCGCCAACUAAAAUCAAAUGGUUCAAGAACGAAGCACCUCUUGAAGAGAAACGACCGAAAAUCACGAUUAAGAAGAUACAUGCACAGGCGCAUGAACAUGCUGCGAAAAAUAUUGCCGGAAGUCGUUUAAAGAUCAUCAACUUAGAUGUCUCUGACGUAGGUUUCUACACUUGUCGCGUAACAAAUGGAAAAGAUCAGAUUCAGAGCGAAGGAACUCUUCGAGUCGAUUCCUCCAAAAACAGACAUGUUCCUGUUCAUUCCGAUCAUCCCAUUAGUCAAACAUCGGAUGAUAGAUUUUCCCCGGAUAUGAUUGGUGGUGAUUUCAUUGAAGGCAUUGGACCUGGAGAUGGAUUAGACCUUUCAGGGACUGGAAUGUCAACGCCACAUAUCUCACACUUGGCAUCAACAAAUCCAUUUAGCAUAUUAUCACCAAGUCCACAACCAACUAGUUCUCAAACUAAUACUAUCGACGUUCAUACAAUUGGCGGCCUUAGAAAUGUCAAUAUGCAGUUAUCUCCUGGCAGAAAAGAUAAUCAUGAAGGAAAAUGCGAAAUGUACGUAGGGAAAACAUGUGCACAAUUUUUAGGAAAUCAAUCUGUUUAUAUUCCAUAUCCAAUGACCCAAGAAUUACUUGACGACAAAUUGAUGAAAGCUUUUGGUGUUAUUAAAUACUCAAAUGAGGUUUCAUCAAAUUGUGAAGGUUAUGCAAAACCAUCAUUAUGUUUUUCUGCAUUUCCAAUAUGUCGUGAUCCUGACAAUAUUCUUAAACUUAAAAAUUCUGAUGCUAGUGCAAGUUUAUUUCAUUUUUUAAAUUCAAAUCAAGGUGAUUUUUCAAGAGAUAUGGGCGAUGGAGAUGAUGCAGAUGAUAUUACAGGAACUCAUGGUAUUCCCAGAAAACGUAGUCCCACAUUAGGUCCUAGCUCAGAAUUCAAUCCAUAUAAAGAUGGAAAAGCUUCUAAUAAAAAAAUAAUAAAUCAAAGCUAUGGUGAAACACAAUCAUCUAAUAGAAUGGAAAUCAAUCGUAAAUUACGGAGAAUCUGUCGACAAGAAUGUGAAAUGUUAGAGAAUGACUUGUGCAAAAAGGAAUAUGCAAUUGCUAAAAGACAUCCACUGAUUGGACAUCAAGUGCCUUUAAUUGAUUGUUCAGAUUUACCGAUGGAAGAUACUCCCGAGGCUCGUGAUUGUUUAACUCUUGGAAUCUCCUCAGGAAACAAUGUACAGGAAAAUGACUAUUGUUACUGGGGAAGCGGAAAAUCUUAUCGUGGAAUCGUAAAAACAAGUAUUAGCGGAAAACCAUGUAUGCAAUGGUCACACGGUGAAUUUAAUCUUCAGAUUUCCGAUUAUCCUGAAUUAGCUGGAAAACAUUCGUAUUGUCGCAAUCCAGGUGAUAAGGAAUUACAACCAUGGUGUUAUGUUUAUGUCGAUAGUAAACCACAAAAGGAAUUUUGUAAUAUACCUAAAUGUGUUGAAAACUUAUGGAUCUAUGCAGUCGUUGGUUUUGUACUAACAGGAGGAUUUGUUACCAUAUUAGUCUGUUAUUGCUGUUGCUAUAGAAGCAGGAAAUCUAGAAGGCAAAUGAAUCAUUUGCCAACGAAUAAAAUGUUAACUGGUAUACAAUGUGACAAAAAUAUAUACGAUGGACGACGAAGCACAACCCAACCUAUGGAAAUGAGUUCUCUUUUAGCUGGUCCCGGUAAUACUACACCCGGAACAGGAACAUUAAGUAGUGGCAGUAGUCGAACAUCCAACAAUAGAGUGCCACAAUUUACUACUAAUAAUGUCGUACUUUUACAAGAACUUGGAGAAGGAGCUUUCGGAAAAGUAUACAAGGGAGAAUUACAAACAGGCAAUAAAUGCGAACCUCCAAUUUACGUAGCAGUGAAAACAUUGAAAGAGAAUGCAAGUCCAAAAACACAAAGCGAUUUCAAACGGGAAGUUGAUUUGAUGACAGAUCUAAGACAUCCAAACAUUAUUUGCCUAUUGGGCGUAAUAUUAAAAGGAGAACCAAUGUGCAUGUUGUUCGAAUACAUGACCCAAGGGGAUUUACACGAGUUUCUUAUUUGUCAUUCACCAAGAUCAGACGUUCCAUUGAACAAUGGAAACGGAAAAAUUCUGGAACAACCGGAAUUUCUGCACAUCGCGUUACAAAUAGCAUCUGGUAUGGAAUAUUUAGCCAGUCAUCAUUACGUUCACCGAGAUUUAGCCGCAAGGAAUUGCCUAGUUGGAGAUAAUUUAACAGUAAAGAUCUCUGAUUUUGGUUUAUCUCGUGAUAUAUACAGCAGUGAUUACUACAGAGUUCAAUCUAAGAGUCUAUUACCUGUUCGAUGGAUGCCUCCAGAAUCAAUUCUUUAUGGCAAAUUUACCACAGAGUCCGACGUAUGGAGUUUCGGAGUCGUAUUGUGGGAAAUUUAUAGUUACGGUUUACAGCCGUAUUACGGAUACAAUAAUCAAGAAGUAAUAGACAUGAUUCGAUCACGGCAAUUAUUACCCUGCCCUGAGGAUUGUCCAACCAUGAUCUACAGCCUAAUGAUAGAGUGCUGGCACGAGGUGGCUAAUCGUAGACCGCAGUUUCCGGAGAUUCAUCAUCGUCUGCACAAUUGGUACAUAAACCAAACUUACCUGAGCGAUUUCUGUAACGAAUCUAUCACCAGUUAUUCCGGAAGCAGUCACAAAAGCACAAAUAAAACCAAUUCCACGCAGUUAUCAGCACCAAUAUACAAGUGCGAUCCGAAGGACAUGAACUUCAAAGCGAAUACGGAUCAACAACCUUCGUUCUGCAACCUGAACGACCACAGCAAUGGUAUUAAAAUGUUGCCACCAAGCUUCCAGAACACGAACCCCGUCGAGCAGAGGCCAAACUGUGGUUUCAGUGAACACGGUACGCCGAUAAAGACUUCUGUCUACCCGAAUCAAACGACAAACAUCAAUUUAAAUGAUUUCGAUGAAAAACAAUGUUGCUCGCCAAAAUUAAGCGGAGCGAAGAAAGUAUUGCCUCCAGCACCUCAACCAAUGAGCAAAAUAAAUACUUCUAAUGGAACCAGAUCAAUGCAAAACGGAGCGCAAUUAGUUGUCAGGUUACCAGAUCCUAGUAAGGUCACUACAGAGACCAGGGUAUCGAAGUGAAUAUAAUUAAAUAUUGUUUCACUUGGACGAUUUUUAUAUGAAUUUCAUGGUAAAUCGCGCGUUAUACAAGGUAUAUAUCUAUACCUCUACGUUCGUUUCGUAAGUAAAAGAAUUCGAUCUUCGAAACUUUCGUGUAAUGUUUGUUAAGCAGGAUAGGUAAACAGACUUCUCACCAAUACCUAAUCACUGCCAUGUUUUCGUAUUUAUUUAUUUCUUUCGAUCGAAAUAUAGAUAUUUUAUACUGUCAAUAAA